AUCUUCUAGCCGUCCAUCUGACGAGCUGCAGAAGGUCCUAGCAUCGGAAGCUUCGGAAGGCAAGUAACGGCCCACUCUCUGCAAGGCGGUAGCGCAGCAAUUGUCUAUAGUGAACAAGUAUGGCGUCCAAUCUCGUGCGCAGCUUUGCUGUGCGAAGCGUCGCCGCUGGCGGCACUAGCAGCGGCGUUCUUCGUUCGUCAUCCCUGGCAACCAGUUCGCGUGUACAGCUGCAGCACUUCCUCGCUGCCGCAGAGCAAUAUACCGCGUCUGACGCUCCAAGCAGAGCGCUCUCACGGGCUGGGGCAUCUCAGAAGAGAUGCAUUCACGGUAGCCAACCUUUGGAUCCUUUCGGGCCCUCCACGACUACAUCGGCACUUCCACCCAACUUGAGUGCUCCUUCGCCCAGUGCUUCUCACCAGAACGCGGAUACCAUGGACACGACUCCUUCAGAAGCACUGGAUGCCCUUGCUUCAUCAGAGGACCAUGUCCAUGUCCGUCUAUCUUGGCUCCACCCGGCGACAAAGGCACUACCGAUUGAUGCGCCUUACACCACAUCUCAGCUUCACAACCUGCCCUCAUUGGUUCAUGCAGGAGCCCAGCACCUGAGUACCACCAAAGCAUACGUGCCUCUCUCCUCGCACGUUUUUGGAACGACACCGCGUCGUGAUGUGCUUCACGCCGCCGUUGUUUACUACCUCGAUGGCCUGCGUUCUGGGACCGCUAGCACCAAGACACGCGGCGAAGUUGCUGGGUCGAGGCGCAAGGUUCGACCGCAGAAGGGAAGUGGUAAAGCGCGUCUCGGUCGCAGGAACAAUCCCUUGUUGCGAGGAGGAGGUGUCAUUCAUGGCCCCAAGCCGCGGUCGCACGCAACAUCGCUACCGCGCCAAGUGCGCGAGCUAGCUCUCCGCAGCGCUCUCUCCGCCAAGUGGCUUCAAGGCGAUCUGAUCGUCGUCCCCACAAUGCACUGGGACGCUCCACCCUCGACAACGGGUAGCCUGCGCAGGAUCCUGCAGGCAAAGCAAUGGGAUGACGCGCUCUUCCUUACCGCCCCUCGUGAGCCCCAGUCAGCCCUCGAAUUGCGACGCAACAGCAGCAGCACGCGUCCUUCCGCAGCAGACCCCUUCUACAUGCCCGAGCAGCUCCGCGCGCACAGGCAGCAGACGCGAAACAUCGCCCUCGCCUUGGGCAACAUACCUAAAGUUGAGCUGAUCGAGCUGCAGGAGCUUACCAAGGAGGCGCACCUCGCCGCUCGCAAGCCCGAGCAGCUCAAGAAGCCUGGCGAGCUGCACGCAUACGAGGUGCUUCAUCGCAAGAAGCUCAUCUUGGACCUGGGAGCUGUAGAGUGGCUCGAGGAGAAGCUCGGUGGCGCUGUCUUCCACCUCAAGGAGGACUUUGACGACGACUGGGAAGAUGCCUUGUGGGGGGAAAGCGCAGAAGAAGGCCAAGAAGGGGAGCUGGAGGAAGCCGCAGAAGAGCUGAGCGAGGAGGAAGCUCAACAAUUGGAAGAGGAUGACCUUGCUGCGCAAAAACUUGUGGACGAGAAUCUUGAGCCAAAACGCUCGGCGUGAAAGAAUGCAAUGCUACUCUAUUGCUACAUGACCGAUUCGCAAUUUUGCGUAAAGCAGUGAAG